AUGCCGCCGCCAAUCCCACAGCCAGCAGUUCCACAACCAUCAAUUCCGCAACCUUCAUAUCCACAGUCAGCAAUGCCGUCUCCAAUUCCACAGCCAGCAUAUCCACAGUCUGCAGUUCCACAUCCAAUAAAUGUCAUAUCAGAAGAAGAAAUGCAGAGAAUCAGCUCAGCUAUAAGCACCUGGUUGAAGAACCACGACAAUGUUGAAGUUGUUAACCAGUAA